AUGCUUAGCCGUUGGGUUUUGGUUUUCAUUCAUAACCUAACCCGGAGUGACAUGCUUCAACAAUCACGAUCAUCAUCAGUUCAUCACAGCUAUAAGCCGAAGAUCCAGCGGCUCAGGGCCACGGGCGCCGGCCCCUCCUCGCCGCCCUCAGCGCGGCGCGGCGCGUCCGUGUCCCAGAGCUCGUCGCGCCGGUUGCCCUGGCUCCAGCGCCAGCUCCACCGCCCGGAGAGAGACGCCGACGCCGACUUGGCCACCGCCGCGGCCUCCGGAUCCCACCGCGUCGAGUCGUCGUCGGGCCGGCGGUCAAGGCUCAGCCGCCGGGAGAGGGACGUCGUCGAGGCGGCGACGCGGUCGAGGUACUCGCCCAGCCACCCGCGGGACCCCACCGCCUCCGCCAGAGCUUGCCGUCCUAGGCCUCGCCGCCAUGGGGCGGACGACGCGGGACACGAUGGCCUCGACCUCCUCGUCGACGCGGUAGUCGAAGAAGCCGCCGAGCGAGUAGGUGCGGCGCCGCUCGUCGCCGCCCGCGGCGGAGGAGCGGCGGUUGCUGACACUGCCGAGCUCGACGCGGAAGCUCUUCCUGCUGCGGCUGUUCGCCCGCGUGCCGAGCGGCUCCUGGUCCUGGUCCCCCGCGGCCGUGGCGGUGGCGGCGACGGGGAGGGGCGGGAGCGGCGGGGACAAGACGGCGCUGCGGCAGAUCGGGCAGACCGGGUUGGUGCGGAGCGACGCGUCGAUUUAGGCGGCGUGGAACGCGUGGCGGCACACCGGGAGGAGCCGCAGCUCGGCGCUGGCGUCGAGCGGCGAGAGGCAGAUGGCGCAGUCCGGAGAGUUCUUCGGCAGCGCCGCCAUCGCCGACGCCAUGGUGAACAAGGGCAGCGACGCGAUGAGGCACUCCGUGUCGGUGUCGGCGUCCGUGCCUGCCUCCGGCUGCUCCCUCACCGGAUGCACCUCCUCUGCCUCCUCCUCCUCCUCCUCCACCGCCACGGCGAUCAUCCUCGCCGGCCCCGCCUCCUGCCUCCCCGCCGCGCCGGCGUCUGCUCGAUCAUCCCUCUCCGCCGGGACGCCCGGCCGCCUCGCCACCUCCCCCGCGUCGUGGAUGCGCAUGCGACGACGGCGACGACGCGGCCCACCGGCGGAGGAGGCAGCGGAGCAGCAGGAUCGCGGCGACGGCAACCACCAGCAAGGCCAAGACGAUGA